CCUACCGCGCUCAGAGCGCGCGGAAGUUUGAACCGCGCCGGCCGCCGUACGGGGGAGGUGCCACUGCCGCUUCCGCGAGAGGUGGCUCCCGCCGCGCAUGGAGCAGCUGCCCGUCGUCGUUCUCCUGCUCCUCCUCCUCUCCUUACUGCUUGUCCCGUUAGUGCUCCUGGAUAGGAGGCGCCGCGGUCGGCGGACGCCUCCGUUCAGUGUCCUGGUGGUGGCCGGCUCUGGUGGGCACACAACAGAAAUCCUGAGGUUACUUAGCUGUUUGUCAGAGUCAUACUCUCCCAGACAUUAUGUUUUGGCAGACUCAGAUAAGAUGAGUGAAGCUAAAAUACGUUCUUUUGAACAGAAAAGGGCUGAAACAUUCUCCGAGUCCCAGUUCAGCCUUGAUCGCAUUCCCAGAAGCCGGGAGGUUCGGCAGUCUUGGAUCUCCUCUGUGCUAACAACACUACACUCCAUACUUUACUCUCUUCCUCUGACCUACAAACGGAAACCAGAUUUGAUAUUGUGCAAUGGACCAGGAACAUGUGUCCCUGUCUGUUUAUCUGCUUUUCUCCUUGGCCUUCUACGAAUAAAGAGAACAAUCAUUGUGUAUGUAGAGAGCAUCUGCCGUGUGGAAACUUUAUCCCUGUCUGGAAAGAUUCUUUACUACUUUGCAGAUUAUUUCAUUGUUCAGUGGCCUGAUCUAAAGAAAAAAUACCCCAAGUCAGUAUAUCUUGGUCGAAUAGUGUAACAACAGAAGGCAAGCUAAAUUUUACCUGAAAUAGACUCUACAUGCUCCUCACUUGCAUUCCCAUAGUAAUUUAUUUCCAAGAAUUCCUGUUAAAAAAUUAGGCUGGCACUUAAAAAUGAGACAAUAAAGAUUUCUCUACAUUUAAGUAAAAUUUUUGUGCAUUUUUAUUUAUUGCUAUCAUGUAGGUCUGGUUGCCUAUAACCCAUAGUGGCUCUAAGUCUAUGAUGUCUCUGUUUUCAUCUAGUUUUCCUGCUAUGUGAAUGGUAAUUUUUGUCUACAAAUAAAUAUGGGAAUUUGUAUGAAUGUAACAUUUCCUGUAAGGAAACUUUGUGUCAUUUAAAAAAUUGUAAGCAACCAAGUCUUUUUCUAGCACAACAGACUUUGUUUCCUUUAUGCUUGCAGUGAAGUCCCUUGUGAAUCCUUAGGGUAUACAGCGAACAGUUAUAUUAAGUUGGCUUCAUGACAGUUUGUACUUUACAGUCUUCCAAAACCCCCAGAGCAUUAAACCGGUGUCAUUUUUC